AUGGACAUCUCGGACAUUCUCCAAGAUCUCAACACCCGGCAUCUCGACCGCGAUCCUUUUGCAGAAAAUGGAGAUGAUUACGGAGAAGACGAACAAUCAGGCCAAGCCGACCUUCAAGCCCUGACCAGAGCUUGGGUCAACGAACGCGGCGCUGCAGAACUUUUACCCUGGCCUAAAGACGGCCUCGUCGAACGUGCAACCAACCGCAUCAAGCAACAAAUCGAGCUCGUCGAGACAAUGACUGGUGAUAUGGACCCCAAGACGAAUUUCAGCCUCAUCAUCAUCCAGACGGAAGUCGAGCGGUGGAAGUUCCUCAUCCGAUCCUACCUGCGAGCGCGAAUUGCGAAAAUCGACAAACACACUCUACAUUACUUGUCUACGCCUGCGCUGAUGGAAAGGCUGAGCAAGACAGAGGUGGCGUAUGCGACGAGAUAUCAGCAGUUGCUGCAUGGGCAUUACUUGAGCAGUUUUCUAGGGAGCUUUCCUGCGAAUUUGCAGAAUCUUAAUGAUACUGCGGGCGGGAUAAGCAUGAUUGGGGGUCCGGAUGAAGAGGCUGGCGUGUUUGUAAGGGGUCUGGGAUCGAGAGAGGUUGGUGGGGAAGGGAGCGUAGCAGUGAGAGGUAGAGGAAGGGAUGGGGAUGGUGAGAUUGAUGUUCAAAGGGGAGAGGUGGUGAUUGCACGAUGGUCAGAUGUCAGAGAUUUGGUUUCGAAGGGAGAGAUGGAACUGGUGUGA